AUGGAAGGACGAGAAGCGAAGCAUAUUUUUCUUAAAAAAUUAGGUGAAAAUACAACAUAUCAAAACAGAUGGGUUGAAAUAUUUAGACAUGAAUAUGUGAUGCUGAUUUGGCUACCUCAGCAAGGUUUUCAGCAGCCAGAAGCUGCAUGCAAAAAUGUAGCCUACAUCCCAGAGAGGGUAUUCAAUGAUCCAUCUUAUUGCUAUUGUGGUCUGUUAAAGGCAUGUCCUGAGGAUGCUAAGUGCUGUGUCUGUGGAGACCCAAUCAUGAAAUUUAUUGAGCAAAGUGUAAAGGACGGAAGGAUUGCUCCACAGCUUUUGUAAUUAAUGUUAAAUCUGUACACAGUUGGACUCAAAAACACUGCUGACUUGAGAUUAUAUAUUAUAUUACAUUACAUAGUUUAUAUCAUACCAUACAAUAUAAUAUAUUAUAUCAUAUCAUAUUAUAUUGAAUUAUAUUACAUUAGCAGCAGUAAGGAACUUUAAGAUAGUGUUAGAAUAUAAAAUCCAGUUUGAUCACCCUCCUGUUGUGUGGUUUUGUUUACAAUUGGUCCUAACAUAAGGAAUCAAACAUGUUGGGACUCAAUAUCAAACCUCUCGGCAUUCAAACAUUGUUGCUAAUACUGAUAAAGUAUGUCUAUGGCACUUUGAUAGGAUUCAUUGGCAACUGCGAAGAGUGGAGGACAAUUAACAACAACAACAAUUUAUUGGCAUAUACUGUAGAUGUCAUUACCUACAAAUUAUAUAAGAAUUAACUGCAAUGGGCCAUUCCAUUUUAUAUCAGCACCCCCCCCCCUAUUGAGGGUCAAGGAAAUCCUAGGGGGAGGGAGGGGGCCUUUAGCAGUAAUUUCUGAAGGAGUAGCCAUGUUGGUAACUUUGAUCUUUUUGUUUUUUUCUGAAGGGGGGUAUGUGUCAGCACUUUGAUCUUUAAAAUCAGAGGGGGUCCUCAACUGUUAUUUCCGAGGGAGUAGAGACCAAAACCCCACAAUAGGGGGGGGGGGGGGGGUGCAGAUAUUAAAAGGAAUGGCCCAAUAACUAAACUAUAUAUAUAUAAAAGGCGAGGCAAGUAACUACAAAUCGGCUGAGUGCAUAAUGUUAGGACAACUUAUAAUUACAAACAGCCUGACAUAUACUCCACUCAGUCUAUUCCGCAUUACUUAUACGCUUACGAAAACGUGUAGCCAAAUUCAUUAGUGAAUUUGUAGUGGGCUUUCCCCACCACUUGCUGUGUCCUCUUAAUAAAUGUGAUGGUGAAAGGCGUUUCAGAAGUUAUGGAAACUUUUGAAGUUCCUUUUCUUGUUCCUUUACUCUGCUUAAUAAGGAAUUCUCGGACUGAGUCUCUGCUUAGCUCAGAUAACUGGACAAAAUCUCGAAUCAGUCUGUUCUCUCUGUUAUAGUAGAUUAUAUCUGUGUUUUUCUUUGUUGUGCACAACACCAUAAGCGGAACGGGCCUUUUUAACCAUCUGUAAAAUUAAGGAAAAUAUUUCCGAGGACAUCGCCCUUUUAAACUCUACAGUCCAAGCGCUUCGGGCCUUCAUUCUUGGACUGAGGCGCCUAUGGAGCAUCUUAAGCCACAUCUUCACUUCUCCUUCCAGGAAUGCUGUCGCUGGAAUUUGUGACAAAUUAGCUCGUUUCAAAGAGCUUUGGCCCACACGGUUUUUUUCAAAAAUUGAAGUGAGAGCUGUUUUUACUUCUUCUUCAAACAAA